AUGGCAGAGGUAACUAACCUAGCGUCUUCAAUACAGAUAUACUUACGGGCAUUCUUCAUACCGGACAAUGGGUUAUACUCUCGACAAAAAUGGAUUCUAGGUUUGAUUAACUUAGCUGCUGUAGUCAUCUUUUGGGUGAUGUCCAGUUUUCUUGUUAAUAGUUUGGUUGAAGAUGAUACUUAUAGGAAACCAUUUUUCAUUACUUAUAUUAAUACGGGAUGCUUUAGUUUUUAUCUUAUCAGUUAUUUAAAGUUUGAGAAUUUAUCUAUUUCUCAAUUCAUUGAAAAGUUUAAACAAGAUUAUGAUAAUAGUUGCAUAAAAUAUCAUAAACAAGAAGAUGAAGAAGGGUUAGUUUCAGAGUAUGGAUCUAAUGAUAAUCUUUCAGGUCUUCAACAGAGUAUUGAAAAUAGUGAUUCUACAAAUAGUACCAAUACUACUAAUGAAUUACACAUUGUGGAUUCAAAUGUCUACCUAAAUGAUGAAGAAAUUGGCAUAUAUGAAACGAUGAAAUUAUCAAUUCAAUUCAUCAUACUAUGGUUUUCAGCCAAUCUAGUUACUAAUGCAUCAUUAUCAUAUACUUCCGUUGCAUCACAAACUAUUUUAUCAUCAACAUCAUCUUUUUUCACCAUGAUAAUUGGUUAUUUGUAUGCGGUGGAAAAGAUUAAUCAAAAUAAAUUAGUAGGGAUCUUAUUAAGUUUUACUGGUGUGUUAAUCGUGACUAAGAUUGAUAUUUCGGAAGAUCAAGAUAAUAAUGUCGAUAAUGGUAAUAAUAACUUAACAGCAUUAUGGGGUAAUUUAUUAGCUUUAUCAGGAGCAUUGAUUUAUGGUAUUUAUACUAUAUUAUUGAAACAUAAAAUUACCAUUAAGAAUUCUUACAAAGAAAGAAACUUAAAUACUCAUUUGUUUUUUGGAUUUGUAGGGAUAUUCUGUUUAAUAUUUUUAUGGCCUAUCAUAAUUAUAUUACAUUUUACUAAAGUUGAAGUAUUUGAAAUACCGCAUACUUCACAAGUUACUUAUCUUUUAUUAAUUAAUGCAUUCAUUACUUUUGUUAGUGAUUUCUGUUGGUGUCGUGCCGUCUUAUUGACUAGUCCCUUAACUGUUACAGUUGGGUUAUCAAUGACAAUCCCAUUAGCAAUGAUUGGUGAUUGGGUGCUAAAGGAAUUUGUGCUUAAUUGGUGGUAUAUCUUUGGAGCUGCUGUAGUUACCGUUGGUUUCUUAAUUAUAAACAAAGAUGAAGAAGAAGAUUUUGUAAGAGAUUAG